GACGAAGAAGCGGUAUGAUGGUCUAUAAGAAGUUGAAGCCCAGCACGCGCGAUUCUAUAAAGAAAGGAGUUCGCGGUUGGCAACUAAUAGAAGCCUUUUAAACACAAAAUAUACAUUAACCACUUGAAGUAAAAACAGAGAGAAGCGAGCGAGCGAGCGAGAGAGUUUCAGAGAGAAGCGAUGGCCGGCUCUUGGAGAGCACGCGGUGCUGUUGUAUCAGCAAUUGUUCUGUUUGGAUGUCUUUUUGCAAUCUCCAUUGCGAAAGAGGAAGCUACAAAGUUGGGAACAGUAAUUGGAAUAGAUCUUGGAACUACUUAUUCUUGUGUUGGUGUUUACAAGAACGGUCAUGUUGAGAUUAUAGCCAAUGACCAAGGAAACCGUAUCACCCCAUCGUGGGUUGCUUUCACCGACAGUGAAAGGCUCAUCGGUGAGGCUGCCAAGAAUCAGGCAGCUGUCAAUCCCGAAAGGACCAUCUUCGACGUCAAGCGACUUAUUGGAAGAAAGUUUGAGGACAAGGAGGUCCAGAGGGACAUGAAGCUGGUUCCGUAUAAGAUUGUUAACAAGGAUGGAAAGCCUUAUAUCCAGGUCAAGAUCAAGGAUGGAGAAACUAAGGUCUUCAGUCCUGAGGAGAUCAGCGCUAUGAUCUUGACUAAGAUGAAGGAAACAGCAGAAGCAUACCUUGGGAAGAAAAUUAAGGAUGCUGUGGUUACUGUUCCUGCCUACUUCAAUGAUGCUCAGAGGCAAGCUACAAAGGAUGCUGGUGUUAUUGCUGGACUUAAUGUGGCUAGAAUUAUUAAUGAGCCAACCGCUGCUGCUAUUGCCUACGGUUUGGACAAGAGAGGCGGUGAAAAGAACAUCCUUGUUUUCGAUCUUGGUGGUGGAACAUUUGAUGUCAGUAUCUUGACUAUUGAUAAUGGUGUUUUUGAGGUCCUUUCAACAAAUGGAGACACUCAUUUGGGAGGUGAGGACUUUGACCAAAGGAUUAUGGAAUACUUCAUUAAAUUGAUCAAGAAAAAGCAUGGAAAGGAUAUCAGCAAGGAUAAUAGGGCUCUUGGAAAGCUCAGGAGGGAGGCUGAACGGGCCAAGAGAGCUCUUAGCAGUCAGCAUCAAGUCCGUGUGGAGAUUGAGUCACUUUUUGAUGGCGUAGAUUUCUCUGAACCACUCACCAGAGCUCGCUUUGAAGAAUUGAACAAUGAUCUUUUCAGGAAGACCAUGGGACCUGUGAAGAAAGCAAUGGAAGAUGCUGGUUUGCAGAAAAACCAGAUCGAUGAAAUUGUUCUUGUUGGUGGCAGUACUAGAAUUCCCAAGGUUCAACAACUCCUUAAGGACUACUUUGAUGGGAAAGAGCCCAACAAGGGUGUGAACCCAGAUGAGGCUGUUGCCUAUGGUGCUGCUGUACAAGGAGGAAUCUUGAGUGGAGAGGGUGGUGAUGAAACCAAAGAUAUCCUUCUCCUGGAUGUGGCUCCGCUCACCCUUGGUAUUGAAACAGUCGGUGGUGUGAUGACCAAGUUGAUUCCUAGGAAUACUGUCAUCCCGACCAAGAAAUCUCAAGUUUUCACCACUUACCAGGAUCAGCAGACUACUGUCUCCAUUCAGGUGUUUGAAGGUGAAAGGAGUCUCACAAAGGAUUGCAGACUGCUUGGGAAAUUUGAUCUUACUAGCAUUCCUCCAGCUCCAAGGGGAACCCCUCAAAUUGAGGUUACAUUUGAAGUCGAUGCCAAUGGUAUCCUGAACGUGAAGGCUGAAGACAAGGGCACAGGUAAAUCAGAGAAGAUCACUAUUACCAAUGACAAGGGCCGUCUUAGCCAGGAGGAAAUUGAGCGCAUGGUGCGCGAGGCAGAAGAGUUUGCUGAGGAGGACAAGAAGGUGAAGGAGAGGAUUGAUGCACGCAACAGUCUGGAGACAUACAUCUAUAACAUGAAAAACCAGAUUAGCGACAAAGACAAGCUUGCCGACAAGCUCGAGUCUGAUGAGAAGGAGAAAAUUGAAACUGCUGUGAAAGAAGCCCUAGAAUGGCUUGAUGACAACCAGAGCGCUGAGAAAGAAGACUACGAAGAGAAGCUCAAGGAGGUUGAAGCUGUGUGCAAUCCAAUCAUCACUGCUGUAUAUCAGAGAUCUGGUGGAGCCCCAGGAGGUGGUUCGACAGAAGAAGAUGAUUCACAUGACGAGCUGUAAGAAUCUAUGAUUCCAUUGAUUCCCUGCUAAGAUUAGAUGGCAGGAUGAUGAAAUGAGGAUUUAGUCUAGGCUUGAGGUUGGUUGAGAAUACUGUAAUUUUUCUUAUGGUAGAAGCAAAAAGGGGAUGGGAAAUUUCCCUUUUGUGCAGCAGUUUUUUUGUUGGAGGGUAAAACACGCUGAAGAUAAAUGCCUUUUUUCCUUAUGUUAUUACUAAUUUGUAAUUUUGUUCUUUGUUUUAAAAUCUGCCUUCCCGAAUGCAAUGUAAAGUUGCAUUAUCUCUUUCUAAA